GUUCUCCUGGCUGCUGUGUGUUCUCAGGGAUCCUUUCAAGCUGCUGACUCUGCAUUUUGUGCUUGGCUGGAAGAACAAGGCAAAUAUUUCUGGUGUUAAGGUUGUGCAGCUCCUGAGGAUACAGGUGUAGCUGCCCCUGGAAGUGCCCCACAAUGGCUCCUUGGAAUGCCCAGCAGAAAACAGCCUUUCUUAUCUCAAAGGAAAUAUUGCAGCCACCAAGUGCCCUCUGAGCCUGAGUAAAAGUUCCUCGUAAUUUUCGUCUUUUGGAAGAACUUGAAGAAGGUCAGAAGGGAGUAGGGGAUGGAACAGUUAGCUGGGGCCUUGAAGAUGAUGAAGAUAUGACACUUACAAGAUGGACAGGAAUGAUUAUUGGGCCUCCAAGAACAAUUUAUGAAAACAGAAUAUACAGCCUUAAAAUAGAAUGCGGGCCUAAGUAUCCAGAAGCACCUCCAUUUGUAAGAUUUGUAACAAAAAUUAAUAUGAAUGGAGUAAAUAGUUCUAAUGGAGUGGUGGACCCCAGAGCCAUAUCAGUCCUAGCAAAAUGGCAGAAUUCUUAUAGUAUCAAAGUUGUUCUGCAAGAGCUUCGGCGUCUAAUGAUGUCUAAAGAAAAUAUGAAACUUCCUCAGCCACCUGAAGGACAAUGUUACAGCAAUUAAUUAAAAAAAAAAAAACAACAAACAACAAAAACCAACAUGCCCCCCUUAUUCAAUUUAAGCUGUCUUCAUUUUCCACAGUAGUAAAUUUUCUAGAUGCAUCUUGUAGACCUCAAAAUACUGGAAAGGAAGUUCCCAUUCAAAGGAGGUUUUUCUUGAGAUACUGUAAAUGAUACUAAUUUUUUUUUUUUCAUUUGAAAUAUAAGUUGUGCUAUAACAAAUAAUCCUGUCGUGUAACCACUGUCCACAUAGCUGAACUUCUGGUAUCAGGAAAAGUCUAUUUAAAUUUAUUACUGUCAAGACCAGUGUGGCACAUCCAACUUAACUGUGAAAGGAUCCAUCCCACAAUCACCUUGCUGUGUGUCUGGCCUGGGUUAUUUUUUUCUUUCUCUGUCUUUUGCAAUAGAGUCGAAGCUCAGGGCUAUUUAUUAGAGUAGACACAAAGGUUUUUGCUUCCAGUGCUACACUGGGCUGUAUGGACUACUACUGGGGAUGUGUGCUAACCUCAGUCAUCCCUCCCUUUGUGCUCGCUCUAGUAAAGGCUGAAUGUGACUGUGGUCGUUUUGGGGUUUUUAUUAAUUUUUUUUAAAUGCCCUGAUAAUCUGGGGCAAGCUUUCCUUCUUUCCUUUGGCCAAGGCAUAGAUUGUAUUUCUCUUCCUGGUCCCCCUCACCAGUGACGUGGGCUUUGGGUGAGGGAUUCAGGGUUCUUUUAAUCUCUUCCCUCUUCCCCUCUUUUUAGUGGGGGUGCUGCUUUCUUUUUGCCCCUUUUGGUGACUCUUCUCGCCCCUGGCCCAGGGGUAAGUGUUGGGGCAAUAACUUGACCUGUUCCCUCUUGCUUAUCAUUUUGGUUUUGCAACAAAUUUAGUCUUCACCAGCCUGGAAAACAAGAGUAUCCGUUCUGCUCGCAAACUUGGAUUUUCCCUCCCCUCCAGCACUGCUGCCACUCCGCCAAGCUGGCCACGGCCGUGUUGUUAGAUAGGCUUUGACGUGGGGAAAAGAGCAGUAAUUUACCAGGAUUGCCCAAAUCUUCUGCUGCCAAACUUGAAUGGGGGAAACUCUGCACGCAGAGAUUCUGAACACACUCCAGCCACACUCAAAUCGUUGUGUUUUGGUGCUUUGGAUUGACCUAAGAAUGUUAAUUAACAAAUUGUUGCACUUGCGUUUGGCCCUUCUAAAAGAUGUGACAACUACAGACAAAUCAAAUCCGUGUGGUAGCUUUUAUUAGUGUUCUGUAAGUCUUAGAAAUCUCUUCAGUGAAGAUUUUGGGAAAGUGUUGUACAGCAGAUUGAGGACCUUUACUGGCUUUGCAUCCUGGCAAAUCACUGCCUUUUCUGGUUUACUGUUUUGGACCACUAACUGCUGCAAUGUGGACGCAAGCUUACAGAAACCAACCUAGUGUGUCCUAAGUUUUAUGAAAAAUUCAGUGUUUGUGUAAAAAAAAGAAUAAAAAAAAAAGGAAAAAAAAGAAAAGAGUAAAAAUAAACACAUUUUAAAGCAGCAGCUGUCAAGUCAAUGAACAAUUGAUGUUUCCAUUAACUUUUGAGGAAAAUAUUAGUUGUAAGGAUUUAACAUCCUCUGUACUGAAAGUUUAACAUAACAGUAUUCCAUAAGCAGCCUUUUUAUUGUAUCAGACCAUUGCCUGAUUUUAAUAUAAUAAAAAGUGUGCAUUAAUAUUA